AGGGUCUUACUGGAUGUUUGUAUUUCAUUUGAUCACUUGGUUAUUAAUAGCCUUUGUUGAAAGGGAAAACGCCCUUUCGUACAGAUCUGUCCCCGGUGGUUGGUUGCGCAUUACUGGACUGUCUGGAAUAUUCGGCAAAGAGGAUUGGCCUCCCUUGUCACAGGACAACUGUCUUUGUUCUUAAGGGAAAACAUGAUUCAAGCGACUUUCUAUGCUGUCCUUUUUUCCUCUCCCCCUCCUAUACUGACAAGCAUGGAUGUUUUUACAAACAAAAUAAUUAGACUUGGCCUAAUUGCAUCUAAUCUGUAAACCUUUCAGCCUUUAUUAUUUUCAGUUGUAUUUGAGAUCGACCAUCAUUACAAUCCCCCCCAUUUGCUGGUACAUUAAACUGUAGGCUACUGGAUUUUUUACUUGUUACAUGGCAGCGUCCUCGGAUAAUUAAGUCUUGAUAAAUAUAGGUAUGUUGUGUUCAAGUCUUAUUCGCAUUAGUGCUGGCUAUAUCCUACAGAAAAUGUUUAGAUCUACUAUUUAAACUGUUUGCAUGUCUUGUGUACGUAAGCUUUCUGUGGGCUAUACUUCAUAAUGUCUCAUACUGUAUUAUUACCUGUUGGCUUUUAAGCUUAAAUAAAUUACUUGCUUUGAUUAGAGAUCUAAAUGGGGUUGUUUUUCAUCUCUUGAUUUGAAAAUAGGACGUUUGAUGCACAUUUCAUAAAACAGCAUACCCAAGGUUUUCUAAAGUUACAUCACUGUCUUCCCCUUUAAAGGAUAGGCCUAAAUAUAAGUCUACAUUCAAUAAAUGUUACAUCUUAAUCUUUUCCUGUUGCAGUAGUGAUAACAUUUAGAGUCUAAAAAGCUAUACAUCUUAUCACUAAUUUAUUUAUAUUUUUCAUAUUGUUCUGAUAAUGUGUCUUGUUUCAUUUUGGGGAUGGGGGCUUCUGAGAAGGCAAUUACCAUUUCCUCUUUCUAUCUCAUAAAAGCAUGGACAACAAAAACCUAUCUUCCCAUUAAAAAACAAAACAGUAUGAUUAUAUUAUAAUAAUAUAAUUAUGAUGAUAUAUCUCUAUGGGUGUUUCCAAGUACCAAGUAGUUUUGUUGCAUUGAAUUUGUUUAUAAUGUUUUUGGAACAGAUAUGAGUCAGCUGUGGGUGGGUACAUAAGAGGAAGCUCAGUUACACUUUGCAAUGAUGUACAAAGAUGCUUUCGUUGAGCAGCGUGCCUAUAGGCCAAAAGAAGAGUGUGGGGGGUCAUUUUGAACAUUUCCAAUCUAACAGGAACAGGAAGUGGUGAGCCAACCAACUCAGAUACCUGCUUAAACAUGAGGCUUGUCUGUUCCUCUCAUUUGACACUGACUGUUAAUCAUCUAAGCUUUUACAAGUAUAUAGUCUUCUUUGUCAUGUAUUUAACUUAAUGCCAGGCAAAAGGAGAGUCAGUUUUUCACUGUGAGAUCAUCUGGAGACAAAAAAAUGACCCACAAUGGUAAAACUAAAGCUGAUGAACUUAAAAUUGUGAUUGUGGGAGAUGGUGGCUGUGGGAAAACAUCUCUACUGAUGGUGUAUGCCAAAGGUGACUUUCCAGAGACCUAUGCUCCAUCUGUUUUUGAAAAAUAUAACACCACUAUAUCUCUUGGAGGAAAGGAGAUAAGGCUCAACCUGUAUGACACAGCAGGGCAGGAUGACUAUGACAGACUACGGCCACUUGCAUACCAAGAAGCCAAUGUGGUCCUAGUUUGCUUUGAUGUGACUAACCCCACCAGUUUUGAGAAUGUUCUAAUAAAGUGGUUUCCAGAAGUGAAGCAUUUUUGUCGAGACACUCCUCUCAUCCUCAUUGGCUGCAAAAUUGACCUCAGAAAAGAUAAGGAGUGUACCAGAAAGCUGAGGGUUUUGAAUCUAGCACCCAUCACCUAUACACAAGGCGAGGAGGCCUGCAAGCAAAUCAACGCUGAAGUAUACCUCGAGUGUUCAGCUAAAUUUCAAGAAAACGUGGAAGAUAUUUUCAAAGAAGCCACCAAAAGAGCGCUGACGUUUAGACGGAAACAAAGGAACUAUAAGAGGAAAAGGAAAUGCCUCAUUUUGUGAAGUUGAGGGUUACUACUACACUUGAACCAAGUGAGAAGCAGCAACAUCUUUAACAAUAGCGCCCACUAGUGUUGAAUAAGAUGGUGGGCGUUUGAAAAGUGGAAAAAGUUUAUAAAAAUCUGUAAAUGCACUUAAUAAUAAAUCUACAGCUAUG